AUGAUCAGGGAAGACCAGAGGCAGCUUCACGGCCAUGAAGUGCGGCUGAAAGAUCAGAUGAGAGAUGAUCAUCGAGCCUCGGAAGGCAAUCUUUUCAAGUUCUUGCAAAACCAGUCAAGCACAAAAAAAGAGGCCCAAGAAGACAAGAUCGCCUCUACAAGGGCAGAGAUGGGCGAAGUGAAAAAAGAGAACGAGAGGCUGAAGACGAUGCUAUCACGGAUGGUGGAGAACCAUCGAUCGCUUCAGAAGCAGUUCGAUGUUCUCCACCAGCAAGGGCGAGGCAAGAACCUCGUUGUGGGCUCACCGGCCCACACAUCGCUCUCCAACGACGUCAAGGAGCCCGGGUUCUUCUCUUUGCACCUCGGAACAAGCGCCAGCACGAGUAGGCCGAACAUGGGAGAAAAGAUCAAUAGCGGAGCUAAUUAUCCAGAAGGAAGAGACAUGUGUCUUGAACUAUCAUCAGGCUGCAAAGCUGUUGGUGUAGCCGGUCAAAGUGAGACAAAGGUGCGUCGGGAUGUGCUGACGUUGAGCCCUGGAGGCAGCUCCGAGGAGCAGGCCGUGGAGACGACGACAACAUCAGCAGCAGCGAGCAAAAUGGUGAAGAACCCUAGGAGCACCGGCAACGGUGUGGAGAUGGAGGAGGAAGUGGCCCAGCAGCCACUGGCCAAGAAGGCCAGGGUGUCGGUGAGGGCUAUGUGUGACACGCCAACGAUGAACGAUGGAUGCCAGUGGAGGAAGUACGGGCAGAAGAAAUCCAAGGGGAACCCAUGCCCGCGCGCCUACUACCGCUGCACCGUCGCAACGGGGUGCCCCGUCAGAAAGCAGGUGCAGAGAUGUAAGGAGGACAUAUCGAUCCUGAUCACCACCUACGAGGGCGCGCACAACCACCACCUCUCCACCUCCGCCACCGCCAUGGCAUCCACCACUUCUGCCGCUGCGUCCAUGCUCAUGUCAGGCUCCUCCACCUCGCUCGGCUUCCCCUCUGGCGCCUCCAGCCUCCGCGACCUCAGGUUUGGCCUCCCAGCGGCAACCACCGUCGACCCCUCCAACCAGCUAACCAGCCGGCCGUUCUUCCUCCCAGUAGCCGGCGGCGCGUCCAUCAGUGCCACCCCAUCAUACCCCACCAUCACCCUUGACCUGACCUCGCAGGCCGCCUCGCAACACGCCUUCUCCCUCGGCAAUAGUAACAGGUUCUCCUCCAACUUCACCGGCUCUCACGGCCACAGCAACAACACUAGUAGCUACCCUUCCACGAGCUUCUCCAUCUCUAGCUUCGACAUGAGUAGCCUACCCGGCGCCACCACGUGGCCAUCAGGCGUUGGAUCAUACCUGGGCUACGAAUCCUCGUCUGGCACGUCCUACAACGGCCCCAACAAGGGCGCAUUCGAAGCUGCACUCAGCAGCAUCCAUGGAAGGCAACAAGGCUCAGCGGCAUUGCUCUACCAGCCGCUGCAUGUGCGACGGAGGGCGGCUGAGUUGGGCAGUGGUGGCACGGGCACGGCGGCACCGAUCAUGCUCACUGAUACGAUCGCCAAGGCGAUUACGUCGAACCCGGGCUUCCACACGGCGCUUGCAGCUGCCAUCACAUCAUACGUCGGCAAGCCGACAACAGGAGGCGAGAAAGGUCUCGAGUGGGGGGACCACCUCGGGCUCGGGCCGUCGAGUGCAGCGACUGCGGUGUGCUCGUCAGCGCUUCUGGCACAGUUGUCUUCAACUGUGGCUGCACAGAACGGUUCUCCAAAUGGCAGGACGACGUUGGAGCCGUCGCUGGCACUGUCAAGCUCCACAAGUGCUACUGCUUCGAUGUCUCGCGUAUGA